AUGGUAAAUUGUAAUAUAUCAUCUGAUCUUCCUGGGAUCCCUGACAAAUCAGGCCUCAUUCACUCAUCAAAGGAAAACUCAACAGAAGUAAAAGAAUUUGUUUUUGUGGCAUUUGCUUUCUCUCCAGGUCUUCAACAUUCUGUAUUCUUCAUCUUCCUUAUGAUCUAUUUUUUACUCUUGAGUGGGAACAUUCUUAUUAUGAUGACAAUCAGAGCUGACCCUCGGCUCCAUAGUCCUAUGUAUUUUUUCCUAAGCAAGUUGUCCUUUAUUGAUCUUUGUUACUCAUCAGUGACUGUGCCAAAGAUGUUGGUAGACUUCCUGUCUGAGAGGAAAGUUAUUUCCUUUAAUGGUUGCAUCACACAACUAUACUUUUUCCACUUUUUUGCAUGUGCAGAAUGCUUUAUUUUCACAGUUAUGGCUUAUGAUAGAUAUGUGGCCAUUUGCAAACCUCUGAACUAUUCUUUAAUUAUGAGCAAGAAGCUGUGUUUGUGGAUGGUAGCAGCAACCUGGACCAUUAGCUUUGUCCACUCCAAUAUACAAACAACUUUAACCAUGGGAUUACCCUUUUGUGGCCCCAAUGAGAUAAACAGUUUUUUCUGCGAUAUUCCACCACUUAUCAGACUGGCCUGUACUGAUACAACAAUGAUUGAUGCAAUGAUAGUGGCCAACAGUGGUAUCGUUUCAUUGGGAUGUUUUAUCUGUGUCUUGAUUUCUUAUGUUGGCAUUGUUUCAUCAAUCCUAAAAAUAAAGACAACUGAUGGCAGACGUAAAGCCUUUUCAACGUGUGCUUCUCAUAUCACUGUAGUGACAUUUUUCUUCGGUCCUUGCGUCUUCAUCUACAUGAGGCCAUCCACUUCUUUCCAAGCUGAUCAAGUAGUUAUAGUAUUCUAUACAGUCAUAGCACCAAUGCUUAACCCAGUCAUUUACACCUUGAGGAACAAAGAGGUUAAGAUAUCAAUUAAAAAAAUGUGGGACGGAAAAUCGUUUAUUAAAUAUAAUCCAUAG